CGCAGAGAAACAAAGACUUUUGAGCUCCGCCAUAAAAAUCUGGAGCCUCCCCAAGACCAAUACCUCAGCAAUUUUCACUACAUCUCCAGUCCCUCUCUAUCCCUCUACUCUGACCUCUAGAACACAUAUCCUAUCAACUCGACUUCAAAAUGCACCUCUCGCAAUCCAAAAGCCUCACCAUCGCAGCCACCGCCUGUGCAACCACCUGCAUUGCGUUCGGCAUCAACGCUAUCCUGCGCCCCGACCACGCCCUCACCUUCUUCGAAUGGGACGCGCCCGUCUCUCCCACCGAGAAACGCGUCGUUGACGACCUCCUCGCCGUCUACGGCAUCCGCGAUAUCUUCAUGGGCCUGGCCGUCUACUCUGCUGCAUUCUUCGGCAGCCGGAAAGCAUUGGGGUGGAUCAUGAUCGCCAUCGGUGGGGUGGCUUUUGGCGACGGAGCUAUUUGCUGGGCCCACGGUCAUGGCCAGUGGGGUCAUUGGGGAUAUGCUCCUGUCGCUCUGUUGAUUGGGGUCUUGUGCACGGGGCUGUUGGAUAGUGUUUGAUCUGUUUAUUGCGUUGGUUUGGUGCUGUUACUGAGCAGCCUUUUUCUUUUUCUUUUUUUUUUUUUUUUCAAGUU